UGUGGAUCACUGGUCAGAGGAAAGCAGCAGCAGCAGCAACAGCAGCAGGAGGAGAUACAUCCCAGACCAAACUGCCUGAGCAACAUGGUCGUUUUAAGAGUCGUCGCUUGCCUGUGCCUGCUGGUAGGCUUCUCGCUCCAGGUGGACGUGAAAAGUGGGAAAGAGCCUGGAAAAGCCGGGAAUUUCAUGGAAGAUGAGCAAUGGCUAUCAACCAUCUCCCAGUACAGUCGGAAGAUCAAACACUGGAAUCGCUUCAGAGACGAAGUCGAGGAUGACUACAUCAAAAACAUGGAGGAGAACAUGGGCUCUGAUGAAACCGUGGACACCACCAAGGACCCGUGCCAGAAUGUGAAGUGCAGCCGCCAUAAGGUGUGCGUCGCUCAGGGCUACCAGAGGGCCAUGUGUGUCAAUCGCAAGAAACUGGAGCACAGAGUCAAACCGUCAGGGCAGCUGGAGGAGCAUGAAAACAGCUGCAAGCCCUGCCCUGUCGCUGCCUCCUCACCUGUAUGUGGCUCUGAUGGGCACAACUAUGCCUCUGAGUGUAAGCUGGAGCAGCAGGCCUGCCUCACAGGCAAAGAGCUGAGCGUCAUGUGUGCUGGCUUUUGCCCCUGUGCCACAGCCUCCGUCACCCUCACGAAUACGGACACAAAACGUGAGAGCUGCACGGGCCAGGACCUGGCAGACCUGGGCGACCGCCUGAGAGACUGGUUCCAGCUCCUUCAUGGAAACGCCAAGCAGAAUAACUCUGGCAAGCUCGGAGCUGGCACCGCUUCAGCACUGGACAAGAGCCUCGUAGCCAGCUGCAAGGACUCCAUCGGCUGGAUGUUCUCCAGGCUGGACACCAACAGUGACCUCUAUCUGGACCAAGCCGAGCUGGCUGCUAUUAACCUGGACAAGUACGAGGUCUGCAUCCGACCCUUCUUCAACUCCUGCGACAGCUACAAGGAUGGGAAGGUCUCCACGGCGGAGUGGUGCCUCUGCUUCUGGAGGGAAAAGCCGCCGUGCCUCGCCGAGCUGGAGAGGAUCCAAGUGCAGGAGGCAGCCAAGAAGAAGCCUGGGAUGUACAUCCCCAGCUGCGACGAGGAUGGCUACUACAGGAAAGUGCAGUGUGACCAAAGCCGAGGGGAGUGCUGGUGCGUCGACCAGCACGGUGGAGAGAUGAUGGGCACCAGAAUCCAUGGCAACCCCGACUGCGAUGAAGUGGCGGGAUAUUCUGGAGAUUUUGGGAGUGGCGUGGGAUGGGAGGAUGAAGAGGAGAAGGAGGCAGAGGACACCGGAGAGGAGGCGGAAGAGGAAGAAGAGGAGGAGGGCGAGGCAGACGAUGGAGGAUACAUCUGGUAAAACUCUCUGUCCCCACGCGGAGAGCCGAGUCACAGCCGCUGGCCUGAAAAUCUACAGGGACGGCUCUCUCCUCAAAGCAAAAAGAUUUUGGGAUCGGACCGGGGAGGCAUGGAGUUGUGUAUCAUCCUGGUGGGAUAUGUGGUGCCGGGCGGGUCCGGGGAUGAGAUGAUGACAAGUUUUUGUCUUAGAUAUGUGUAAUUGCUUCAUUCUCUUGUCUCUGUUUUUUUGAGCAACAGAGCUUUUUGUUUUGCCGUCCUGGAAAGCAGGACCCACUGACUACUGCGCCAUAGGUAGCUAAAGUCCAUCAGAAUUCCUAUAUUGUCCGACCGCCAUCUAUGCAUAUAGAGAUUACCAGUAAUUUUGUAUUGUGUAAACAAUCGCUUGAGUAUUAGAGCAGCCGUCCCACUGGAAUGACUAGAGAGUAUAAUUUAGAGGAAAGGUUCGACUUUUUGGGAAAUAAGCUUGAUUUCUCUCCUGCUGAGAGUUUUGUGAGAAGCUUGUUAUCUCUCUUAUGUUAGGUGUUACAGAACAGACUGGACACAGGGGGGAAACAGUUGGUUAGCUCUGUCUAAAGUGAAAAUAUCACCCUAUCAAAACCUCUUAAGUUCAUUAAUAACUAACCUUAAAUCUUUCUUCUUGUUUAAUCCGUACAAACAACACAUUAACGCCAACACAGUGCGUCAUUAUGUCACUGUAUCUGCUGGACUAUUCAGAAAGUCACUCCGCCAGGAUAAGAAAUGAUCCGGCAUAUACACUCUUAGAAAUUAUGGUUUCAAAAGGGUUCUUCCUAAAGCGAUGAGAUUCUAUCGAGAACCAUUUGCUUCUGAGGAACCGUUUUUUUUGAAGAGUUCUUCGAGGCUUUUUUUUAACAGUUCCAUUAAAAACAAAAAAAGUUCCUCAAGGAUUCCUCUAAGCUGGAGCGUCCUUAUCCUCAAAUAUUCAAAUGUUUUAAUUUUUAUUUUGUUCUGCUGCAGUUGAUGUCUCUACCAUCAUUUCAAGCCACACAGGUCAUGGUUGGACUAUUUUUUAAUUUUUUUUAUUUAUUUAUAUUUUUUAUGGGUACCUCGUACUUGACAUUUGCUUUUUGGUUCUAUUUUGGACCACGUUUCAGUUCCCAACUCAAUUGCACCACUGGCAUUGUGCUGUAGUUCUGUUGUAGACUCAGGGGUUAUGCGGUUGGUUACUACUUUUAGAGCCCUUCUAGUUGUAUCCUUAGGGUGGGUUCUGCUUUGCACCCAUAGAAGGUGAAAAGGUUCUGGAUAAAAAACCCAAGAGAGGGCUCUAGGUCGGCCGAUUACACCAUAGAAGGGUUCUAUCUUGAACUUUUCUUGAACCCCUUUAGAACUGUUUCUGUACCUGUUCCUGAGCCUAAUUUUAAAUCGUUUGGUGCAUGUCGACCAAAAAUUACUUGGUUCAGAACCUUAAGAAUUGGUUUCCAGCUGGAACCAAAACAUAGCAGGUUCAGAACUCAAAAAUUUUCUUCUCAUCAGAAGCUGGUUCUUGCUUGUUUUUUUGUUGCUGAUAAAAACAAAUAUCUAUAAUAACAAAAAAAAGUUUGCAGGUUAUCACAAUACCCUGACACAUUGUUAAUUACAGUGGUUCCACGUAAAACCAGUAGAAACGGAGGCCGGCUCACUAGAUAACACCCAGGUUCCAAGAAUCCUGAACAAAAACAGUUCAAGAACCAGAGUUAAUUUGGUAGAAAAGAGCUAAGAGAGGGUUCUGCGUUGAACCAGUACUUCGUAGAAGGGUUCUCUGUAGAACCUCUCAUAGGGGGUUAUGGAUGGAAUCCUUUCAGAGGUAUAAUAAUAAUAGUUUAGAUAUUACCCUUUAUGUUGGGUUUUAGGUAGAACCCUCUGAAAGGGUUCCAAGUGCAACCUUCAUACAAGGUUCUACCAGUACCCACGAAGAGUUCUCCCAUGGGAACAUGCUGAAGAACCCCAUUUGGUUCAAGUUAGUGCCUAUAUGUUACCCAGAGUGUGAAACAUCCCAUAAAAAUGUAUAUUGUUUUUACAGUUUUUGUAUGGACAAACAAAGAUAAAACAUGUUGGUGAGCUUCAGAGGUGAUGAAAGGCUGAUUUUAUUAGCUUUGGCUAGAUCUGGACUAACUGUUCUCCCAUGGUUUCAGUCUUUAGUGAAUGAUAUGUUACUUGUGUGUUCACAACCUGCUUCUGCUGCCCUCAAGUGACCAAAAAAUUGAGUAUUUCCCAAAAUGUGGUUACAUAUUUCCAGACUGAUUCUGUAUAUAAAUCCAGUGUAAAUGAUCUGUGAAGCAAGCCUUGAGGAUUUCAGGUUACUACGGUUCCAAGCUACCUUUAUGAUAAAGGUGCACCCCAGCUCAUAAAAGUUUUUAAAUCUUACAUGCUUCACGAUUGAAGUGGAAACACACAAUACAGGACCUACAUUUCCAGAACUUUUAUUGAAAACCAGUAGAAUGUACUUUAAUGGCCCAAACUGCACCUACAGUAGAAACCACUAGUCGCUGUCAUCUGCUGAAAUCAUGUCAAAGAAUGUGCCACAACUAUGUUUUAUUCUGAGUUUGCAACUUGAAAAUCUGUAUUUUGUGUUUAAAAAAAAAAUGUGUGCAUUACUUGAAGUUUUGUGUGUAUACUUGAAUUCACAUUGUAAUUUUUUUCUAUGAGAAUAUCGUUGCCAUGUCUUCAUUCAUGCUAUUGAUAGGCCAGACAUUUGGUUGUUUUUAGUAUUGCAUGUUAGUAAAUAAGAAUGUACUUCUAGGCUGAGCACUUUACUAAUAAAG